AUGCGGUGGUCUUGUUUUGGUUCACUCAGUCGCAUUGUGUCUAUAUCAAACAUCCCAUCUUCAAGGCCCAUGACUUCGAAGAUUUCUUCAACCCCGAGAUCGUCGGGUCUGUUGUCAGCUUCCAGUUCAAAAGAUCUGGGAAUUGAGUUGUUGAUCAUCGCCACUUUCUUUAAGGAAGCCGUGGGGCAGCUUAGCAGCUUCUUCCAAGAUGAUUUGGAGUUCGAAGAAGAUAUUUUUGGAACUCCCAACCCAGGUUGUAUCAAGGACCAGAUUGACUCAAAUCUUUGGCUCUCCCUCAACGUUGCAUCCAGCGUUGAAGUCAGUCAAAAUAUUGAGUAUCUCCUCUCGCCUCCUUACAGAAACGUACAAGCGGGCACCUCCCGUUUCCUCCACAGAAAACCCUGUGAUCUAGGUUGUCAUCAUCCUUGA